UCCCAACCCACCCAUAAUAUAUCGUCAAGCUCCACAACGCUUUCCGGCCUUUCCCUCGCUAAACGAACAGAAAAAGAAAAAAAGAGAAAAUCAAAAGAACACACGAAGAGGACUAGAGGAGAGAGACCUGAAGAGUGAGAGAUGAAUAGUGUCCAGGCGAUGAAGCGUAUUCCCCGCAUCAAAUUCCCUCCGAGACAUCGAAACUCCUCAGGCUCUGCUUCGCAACCUGAUGCAGCAUCAAAAGCUGGAGAUGUUCAAACAACUCUGUUUUCUAGGUCGGAAGUUCCAGGGACACCUGAUAACACUUCUGUAGGAGGGAAGGCUUCUGCUCAGCCGAAACGCACACCAGUCACUGACAGAGAGAUUGAAGCUAUUUUGUUGGGUGGCUGCAUAUGAUAUUUUGACUACAGCUCCAACAAGAAAUGAGGGCACGUUGGGCAUGCUCCCCCCCCCCCCCCCCCCCCCUUUUUUUUUUGUGAAAUGUCAAACAUAAACCUAGUGGGAAUUUUUUUUUCUUUCUUCAUCAUGUUAUAUUGAAGAAGGGAUGGACUAGUUCGGUACUUUACUAACAAUAACCCAAGAAAAUGGAUGUUAAAUUGAAGCCUUUCCUGUGAUACAACUGAGUUUUGAUCUCUUAAAUAUUUGUCAUGUAAACUGUUACGCUCUCAACUUGAUGUUUUUGAUCUUUUAA